AUGUUUUCGUCUAGUGCUGGGCAGGUUAAACGGGAAUCCUCCCAUUUGCCAGCCUUUCAUUUCCCAUUCGGAAGUAGUCGCCUCCAGACUCAUCAAAUUGAAGCCGAGCUUGUGCGCAUCCGAACUGCCUUCGAGAGUUUGGCCAAUGCAGAAACAUCACCUUUGGCCGUCAAAAGGGAACACGUCGAGACUGAAUUGGUGACUACGGACGUGGAAAAGGGACAAGAGAACAUUGAGGUUGCCGAAAAACCAAGCGAGCCAGAGAAAGAGGUUGUGCAAAAUAAGGUGAUUGGCAAACUGAUCACUGACGAGUCACCCACUACAAGUGGAAAGGAGACCUUGAUCAGUCCAUCUAAGGGUGCAGAAGUGACCAAGGUUAUUAACCUAAUGUUAUUUACCUAUACUCUAUGA